GCAGCCAUCGCCAAAGUCCUGCACAACGAGGACAGGCACAGGAUAAAAGCCUCGCCGUUUGUUGGGCUGGUGGUGGACGAGACGGUGGACGUCCUGGAGCACCGCAGCCUCGCCAUGUUCACCACCACCGUCUCCCCCUGCAACGGGCAGACCUCCGCCACCUUCCUGGGGAGCUUCGAGCUGCCCACCGGGGAGGCCUCCACGGUGACGGGCAAGGUGGGCGAGGUGAUGCGCUCCUUCGGCAUCCCCACCAUGAAGAUCACCUGGCUCAGCGCCGACAGCGCCUCGCUGGUGGCCGAGCGUCUGAGCGGGGUGGGGACCGCGCUGACCUCCCUCUGCCCGCUCCUCAUGGAGAUGCGCUGCCUGUCCAAUGGGAGCACCCUGCUGCCAGCCGAGAGCAUCGUCAGCAUCGAAUACCUCCAGAAAUACGAGACCACCGUGGACGCUGUGUACAGGCUCUACUCCAGCUUCAGGGGGGAAAGCAAUGGCCUGCAGGAGCUGCGGAGCGUCCUGGACCUCUGUGAGAUAGACCUCGGAAACCCCAAAGCCAUCCACUGGACUUCUAUUUUCCCAGCCGUGGAAGCCAUCGAUUCCUCCUGGCCCACACUGGUGCUGCUGCUGGAGAGUGAGGCGGAGCGGUCACCCGUAGCCCGUGGCCUCUGCGAAGAGCUCAAGAAGUUCCAGUUUGUGGCCUUCACCAAGAUCCUCCUGGACGUCCUCCCCAUCUUCCAGAAACUCAGCCGCUUCUUCCAGAUCGAGGACUUUGACCUCUCCAUCCUGAAGCCCAUCGUCUCUGCCACGGCCACCACGCUGCAGGCCCAGAAGAGCACCAGCGGCCAGAACCUCCAGGAGUUCCUCAACGAGAUGAACGAGCACCCGCGGGACGACCGGGAGGGCGAGAGCCGCCUCUACUACAAGGGCGUUGAGCUGGCCAACUGCUCCAAGGUGCACCUGAAGCACUUUGAGUGCCUGAAGGAGAGCUACCUGGAGAGCGUGCGGGGCAAUCUGCUGGACAGGUUCCCCAGCGGCGUCCUGGAGGCCAUCAGCUCCUUCUCAGCCAUCUUCAACCCCAAGUGCUACCCCCAGUCUUUGGAGGACAUUGGCAGCUAUGGGGUCAGCGAGCUGAAUUUCCUCCUGCAGGCUUACUCCCGGGUGGUGGUGAGCGAGAGGGCCCUCAGUGAUUUCCCCCUCUUCAAGCGGAUCGUCUUCAGCCUCAGCCAGCUCUCCUUCAAAGACCUCUGCGUCAAGCUGGUCUACAGCAACUCCGAGAUGCACGAGCUCUUCCCAGACUUUGCCAUCCUCGCGGCCAUCGCUCUGGCCUUACCACUGGGCUCGGUCCUUGCCGAGAAGAUCAGCCGGGGCCGGGAGCUGCUGAAGCGUGGCCGGUUGCGCCGCGCGAAGGACGAGGGGCUCUCUGACCUCAUGAAGAUCGCCAUCGACGGGCCGGCCAUCAAUGAGUUUGACUUUGCGUUGGCCAUUGAGUACUACGAGAGCAUGAGGGAGUCUGGCUUCAUCGUGGCACAGGUGAAGUGA